AAGGGGAACAAGAUGGCCGCCGGGCCGUCGCUAGGAGACGCCCUCGCGUGAUCCGGCGCGGCGCGGGGGGGGGAGGACGUUCGCGUGCGCGGUGACGUCAGGGCGGCUGUGCUAAUGCUGCGGCGGCCGCAGUAGGGGCUGGAGUGGGCUGCAGGGUUAAAAUUCCACUCCUGGUUUGACCGACACUUGCCUUUCAUCAUGGGGGAGCUUUUCCGCAGUGAGGAGAUGACCCUGGCCCAGCUUUUCCUCCAGUCGGAAGCUGCAUACUGUUGUGUCAGCGAGUUAGGAGAGCUUGGGAAGGUUCAGUUCCGUGAUUUGAACCCUGAUGUGAAUGUGUUCCAGCGUAAAUUUGUUAAUGAAGUCAGGAGAUGUGAGGAGAUGGACCGGAAACUCAGGUUUGUUGAGAAGGAGAUUAAAAAAGCGAACAUCCCAAUCCUGGACACCGGUGAGAACCCAGAGGUGCCUUUCCCCCGUGACAUGAUCGAUUUAGAGGCAAACUUUGAGAAAAUUGAAAAUGAGCUUAAAGAGAUCAACACAAACCAGGAAGCUCUGAAGAGAAACUUCCUAGAGCUGACCGAAUUAAAAUGUAUACUGCGCAAAACUCAGCAGUUUUUUGAUGAGGCUGAAUUGCAUCAUCAGCAGAUGGCGGAUCCAGACCUGCUGGAGGAAUCGUCUUCGCUCCUGGAGCCAAGUGAGAUCGGAAGAGCUGCCCCUCUGCGACUUGGAUUUGUGGCCGGCGUGAUCAACCGUGAGCGAAUCCCUACCUUUGAGCGCAUGUUGUGGCGAGUGUGUCGAGGAAACGUGUUCCUGCGUCAGGCUGAAAUCGAAAUCCCUCUGGAGGAUCCUGUGACGGGAGACUACGUGCACAAGUCUGUGUUUAUUAUUUUUUUCCAAGGUGAUCAGCUAAAAAAUAGAGUCAAGAAAAUCUGUGAAGGGUUCCGUGCCUCCCUCUACCCUUGCCCAGAGACACCGCAGGAGAGGAAGGAAAUGGCUUCUGGAGUCAAUACCAGGAUUGAUGAUCUUCAAAUGGUGCUGAACCAAACGGAGGAUCAUCGCCAGCGGGUCCUGCAGGCAGCUGCUAAAACUAUCCGUGUCUGGUUCAUCAAAGUGCGGAAGAUGAAGGCUAUCUACCAUACCCUGAACCUGUGUAACAUUGACGUGACCCAGAAGUGUUUGAUUGCUGAAGUCUGGUGCCCUGUCGCUGACCUCGAUUCCAUCCAGUUUGCUCUCAGAAGAGGCACUGAGCACAGCGGAUCCACCGUUCCAUCCAUCCUGAAUAGGAUGCAAACCAAUCAGACCCCGCCAACUUACAACAAAACCAACAAGUUCACUUCUGGCUUUCAGAAUAUAGUAGACGCAUAUGGCAUUGGAACUUACCGGGAGAUAAAUCCAGCUCCGUACACAAUUAUCACUUUCCCAUUCCUGUUUGCUGUGAUGUUUGGAGACUUUGGUCACGGAAUCCUGAUGACGUUAAUUGCCGUGUGGAUGGUGGUUAGGGAAAGUCGCAUUCUGUCACAGAAGAAUGACAAUGAGAUGUUCAAUACCAUUUUUACUGGUCGGUACAUCAUUCUGCUAAUGGGAGUGUUCUCCAUGUACACCGGCCUUAUCUACAAUGACUGCUUCUCCAAAGCACUUAAUAUGUUUGGCUCAUCGUGGAGCGUCCGGCCGAUGUUCUCGAAAGGCAACUGGACAGAAGAGUUGCUUCAGAACACUCCUGUCCUGCAGCUGAAUCCUGCCGUGGCAGGGGUCUUUAGUGGACCGUAUCCGUUUGGCAUCGACCCGAUUUGGAAUAUUGCCAGCAACAAGCUGAACUUCCUCAACUCCUUUAAGAUGAAGAUGUCUGUGAUUCUUGGCAUCAUCCACAUGCUUUUUGGUGUCACACUGAGCCUUCUCAACCACAUCUAUUUCAAGAAACCACUGAACAUCUAUCUUGGGUUUAUUCCUGAAAUGAUUUUCAUGUCGUCAUUGUUUGGCUACCUUAUUAUACUAAUUUUCUACAAGUGGUCGGCCUAUGAUGCUCACACUUCAAAGGAUGCACCAAGCCUUCUAAUCCAUUUUAUCAACAUGUUUCUUUUCUCCUAUGCCGAUCCCAGUAUCAAGAUGCUUUAUAAAGGACAGAUAGGGCUUCAGUGCUUCCUGGUGGUUGUUGCGCUGCUGUGUGUGCCAUGGAUGCUGGUAGUUAAACCCUUGGUCCUUCGCCAUCAAUAUUUAAGGAGAAAGCAUUUGGAAGGGCAACCCAUGGAGGGCCAAGUCAGCACAGUCCAGAACGCGCAGGCACUAGAGGCAGCAGCGGCUGCAACAGGAACUCACAACUUCGGUGGGAUCCGGGUGGGCAAUGGACCAACUGAAGAGGAUGCCGAGAUCAUCCAGCAUGACCAGCUUUCUACCCAUUCUGAAGAUGGGGAUGAGCCUGCAGAGGAUGAGGUGUUUGAUUUUGGGGAUACGGUGGUACAUCAGGCCAUCCAUACCAUUGAGUAUUGCCUGGGGUGCAUUUCCAACACCGCGUCCUACCUGCGGCUUUGGGCUCUCAGCCUGGCCCAUGCACAGCUUUCCGAGGUGCUCUGGACCAUGGUGAUCCACAUCGGCCUCAGUGUGAGAAAUUUGGCUGGAGGUUUUGCUUUGUUCUUCCUAUUUGCUGCUUUCGCUACCUUGACCGUGGCAAUCCUUCUGAUCAUGGAGGGCCUGUCGGCUUUCCUUCAUGCGCUCCGUUUGCACUGGGUUGAGUUCCAGAACAAGUUCUACAUUGGCACUGGAUUCAAGUUCCUCCCGUUCUCAUUUGACAACAUCCGUGAAGGAAAAUUGGACGAUUAGAGCCCCCCUCAGCCUAACUGAGCAGUGUUAGACUCGAACGCUGGUGUGUUGUGCUGUGGUUAGCCCUUGUCCCCUGUGUGUUUGUGUUGUGAAGUUGUGUGUAGCUCCCCUGCCAUGAUGUGCUGCUUCUGAGAAAAUAACUUCUAUUGCAGCUGCCCGAAGUAUCUGUCUGAGGCUGCUAAGUGGAGAGCUGUGACGUCACUGUAGCAAGCUUAGCUGACAUCGCUUCGGAGUCACUGCUUUCCGCCCCGAGCAAACACCUUGUUUAGUGCUGUACAUGUUUACAGUGGGGGUUGUAGAGGAAGUGUCUGGACUUGGUGUAUUUAAUCAUGUAUCGGUUUAUGAUAUUGUACAGUAAUUAGCUCCUUGGCAGAUUCCCGUAAAGCACUGAGGGGAAAAUACAGCCUCCUAUUGCAUUAGGAACAGGACGUGCAAACUUCGGCCUGCCCGUAGCCCAGCUAAUCUGAGAGGGAAGCAUUUAGAGGGAAGAGUCUGUCUUUGCUGCCUGUUUAAACAAACUGAGAUCCACUGAUGCACAGAGGGGUCGUGGGGAAAGCUGGGGCCAUGUGCAACCCAGAGCAGUCCCUCUUGCUUCCACAUGUGCAGCGUUCUUACUGUGCGUGAGUGAUCUGUUCUCGCGGAUUGUGAAUGGUGCUUUCUUCACACCAUACUGCUGGGUGCGUCCUAGCUCAGGGAGCCGGGGGCAACAGAGCCCACUCUCCUCCCCCGGCUGUUGUCAAUUCACUGUAGCCUCCUUCCUCCUGCAGUUGCCGUUUCUAGCCUGCAGCAUUCCUGCCUGGUGCUAGGGGAUCUGGGCAGAUGGGUUCUGACACGCUUCGCGGAAGGGUCCGCUCUCACUUUCCAGCCCUGCCUGUACUCUCAGCCCAUGGAGUCGAGUCUCUUGUUUCCUCAGCAAUGUCCCAGCGUUUCUCAAACUCGACACAGGCAUGUGCCCACCACGGUCUGCACCUAACUUACCUAAACCAGCACCCAUGCUCAACUGUAACCUGGGGAGCAUCCCCCAGAGCCUGUCAGCAGGGACCGGCUUACCCGGGCACAGCCCGGCCCUGCAGCCUGCCCGUCUGUGGUGUUAUGGGGGCUGCAGUUUGUCUGCCCUGCUGUCUGCGCCAAGAGAAUGUACCUGCUUCCCCGUAACUCUCCAAAAGCCCAGGCAUGCAAGCCAAACAAACCCAGGGCUGGUGCAGUGGGGCAGGGAGUGUUUUCUGUUUCCUCUCUGGGACUGGGGUCAGUCAGUGCUGUUUGGGCUGCUGGCAAAGUGGAGAACCCGGCAGGGUCCUUGGGCUAUUCAGUUCCCUCAAGGGCCAAACGCUGGGCUUCCACAAAAUUCCCAGCUCCGGCUGACCUAGAGAGCCAGGCCCUGGAUUCAGAGACCUUGUGACUAGAUCAGUGCCAGAGUCGUGCUUGAACUGGUGACGGUCUGUGUGGUGUGGGAGGGCUGGGCAGAUGUCAGUGAUGUCAGUCCAUAAUGGAUCGGAGUGGUGGAAGCAGGAAAUCCUGGGCAUUUGUUUGGUCCCUACUGGAGCUGCAGUCUAUAGUCAUGAAGGUGUUUCUCUCCCUUCUCUGUCACAUGUACGUGUGCACAGAUAACUGCAUCUGCUACCAUGGAACCUCUCUCAUUUCUUCUGGUCUCAGAGGCUCCAUUGCGAUUGUGUCUGUAUCUCGCCCUCUGCCAACGCUGGCCUAUUCUUAGCGAUCAUGCAACCAAGGAGAGUGAACUCUUGGCAUUUUGUUCCGAAAAGUCUGUUGUUCAUCAGUGCCGCCCCUCUGGGGCUGGGCUGUAUGAUGCUGUCGCUGGGACUUGGACACCAAGUGCAGGAGUGGCUGGUAAUGUUACCAAACCCACAUGAAACUCCACAUUCUUCUCCUCCCAGUGGAGUGGAGGGGAGUGAUAGGAGCCGCUCUGCGGACCGUGGGCAUUGCGUUCCCUGCCGGCUUGGUGGGGCUGAAGGACGGGCUCCGGGCCGUCAGAUGUGCACCUUUGACUAUUGCUUAAUGAAGUUAGUAAAAUCCGAUUAUUCCAGGGACUCUGAGGGUUGGUCGUGCUAAGUAACACACACACACUCGGACAUCCGAUCAAGUGUUAGAGGGCAGAUAAUUGCCCCAGAGAACCUCCCAGGCACGGCCGCACUUGUCCUGUCCAAAGUCACCUUGUGAAGGGGGCAAAGGCUGGGCCUCAUUGCAAUGGCCUCUGUGGGAACAGGGUUUAAGGGUCACUCGGAGGGCAGCAGGUGCCUGUUCCCCUUGUGCGGGGUGUGAAUGUGUGUUUAAGCCCUCUGUGUUGCACAGCCUGCUGUAACAGAUGCACUGUAUGGGGGGGGGGGCGGGAGGGGGGAUAGAUACUAAUGAAAUCAUGACUGGAAUCGCUUAGAAGUGGCCAUCCAAUAGGAAAAUGCCAUGAAAUGCAGGAUUCACCGAAGUGGUGUAAGAAAAGUGCGCAGUGAGAAUGAAAAGGAACAGCCCGAAUGUCUGAGCGAGGCUGGGUGGGGCAGACAGGUCCAGCCGGGUGUUUCUAGCCACAGUCUGUGUAACUAUCCCGGGGUGGGAGGCGCACAGGGAUUUGCAGUAAUUGAGCCGGAUUCUGUUUACAUGUUGUUUUUACUGUGUGUUUACAAUCCUGUUUUGUGCGCAGUGCAAGGGGAAAUGAAGUCUGGUCUGCAGCCCACGCGGUAACACUAACUACCCUGCUGGCUUUGUCGCGACUCACCCUACACAUUACAUUGUUGGAGUGGAGUGUAA